GACUACGACGGGAUCCCGGGCGGAGCGGAGGCCCGCGGAGCAGAGUUGUAUCCCGGGGUCCCGGUCGCAGGCGGCGUGGCCCACGGGUCAUGGCCAAAGGGGAGGGCGCCGAGAGCGGCUCCGCGGCGGGGCUGCUGCCCGCGGGCAUCAUUCAAGCCGGUGAACGCCCGGCCCAGGUGAAGAAGGAACCGAAGAAGAAACAACAGUUGUCUGUUUGCAACAAACUUUGCUACGCAGUUGGGGGGGCCCCCUACCAGGUGACGGGCUGUGCUCUGGGGUUCUUCCUGCAGAUCUAUCUGUUGGAUGUGGCUCAGGUGGACCCUUUCUCUGCCUCCAUCAUCCUAUUUGUGGGCAGAGCUUGGGAUGCCUUCACAGACCCCCUGGUGGGUUUCUGCAUUAGCAAAUCCUCCUGGACCCGCCUGGGCCACCUCAUGCCCUGGAUCAUCUUCUCCACACCCCUGGCCGUCAUUGCCUACUUCCUGGUCUGGUUCGUGCCUGACUUCCCACAGGGCCAGUUCCUGUGGUACCUGCUUUUCUAUUGCCUCUUUGAGACACUGGUCACGUGUUUCCACGUUCCCUACUCAGCUCUCACCAUGUUCAUCAGCACAGAGCAGAGUGAGCGGGAUUCUGCCACUGCAUAUCGGAUGACUGUGGAGGUGCUGGGUUCAGUGCUGGGAACAGCGAUCCAGGGGCAAAUCGUGGGCCAAGCGGAUACACCUUGUCUCCAGGACCCCAACGGUUCUGCAGUGGCCUCGGAAGGUGCCAAUCGCACACACAGCACCACCUCACCCAGAGAAACGCAAAAUGCAUACCUGCUGGCAGCAGGGGUCAUUGCCUCCAUCUACGUCAUCUGUGCUGUCAUCCUGACCCUGGGCGUGCGGGAGCAGAGAGAACCCUGUGAGACUCAGCAGGCUGAGCCGAUGUCCUUCUUUCGGGGCCUCCGGCUAGUCAUGAGCCAUGGCCCGUACGUCAAGCUUAUUGCCGGCUUCCUCUUCACCUCCCUGGCUUUCAUGCUGGUGGAGGGGAACUUUGCCUUGUUUUGCACCUACACCCUAGGCUUCCGCAACGAAUUCCAGAAUCUGCUUCUGGCCAUCAUGCUCUCAGCCACAUUCACCAUCCCCCUCUGGCAGUGGUUCCUAACCCGGUUUGGCAAGAAGACGGCGGUAUACAUUGGGAUCUCAUCAGCAGUGCCAUUUCUCAUCUUGAUGGUCCUCUUCGAGCAUAACCUGAUCGUCACAUACGUGGUGGCUGUGGCAGCCGGCAUCAGUGUAGCGGCUGCCUUCUUACUACCCUGGUCCAUGCUUCCCGACGUCAUUGACGACUUCCACUUGAAGCAGCCCCACUCCCGUGGAACCGAGCCCAUCUUCUUCUCCUUCUAUGUCUUCUUCACCAAGUUUGCCUCCGGAGUCUCACUGGGCAUCUCCACCCUCAGUCUUGACUUUGCCGGGUACCAGACCCGUGGCUGCACCCAGCCAAGGCGUGUCAAGUUUACACUGAAGAUGCUGGUGACCAUAACUCCCAUAGUCCUCAUCCUGAUAGGCCUGAUGCUCUUCAAGCUGUACCCCAUUGACGAGGAGAAGCGGCGGCAGAACAAGAAGGCCCUGCAGGCUCUGAGGGAAGAGGCCAGCAGCUCCGGUUGCUCUGACACAGACUUUACAGAGCUGGCCAGCAUCCUUUAGGGCCUGCGGUGUUGCCUGAAGCUACCAUGCACACGGCCUGGGUCACCAGGGCACAUGAGGAAUCCGGGCCUGCUUGCCCACUCACUGAACAUCUGGUGCCAGGAAGGGAGCCAAAGACUCGAGAGUAAGCGGCCCAGGACACCUCCUGUGCCCACUGUGGGGCAAAUCGUUCAUACAGCUGCCCGCCUCCCCUCUGCUCUCCCAUGGGGCCGAGCCCUGGGGCUGCUACUGUGAAUAUGCCAAGGACUGAUGGGGCCUAGCCUGGAACACUAAUGUAGAAACAUUUUAUACAGAGACUAAUUAAUAACUUAAUCACCAUGUACAUAGCAAUGUGUGUAUGUAUAUGUCUGUGAGCUAUUAAUGUUAUUAAUUUUCAUAAAAGCUAGAAAACAGAGCUGCCUGUUUC